AUUCCAGUCGGCAGCUUUAUCGAAGCGAAAGUUUGGUUGGUGGCUGGGUUUUUGUGACAAAAAAUGGAGAGUGAAAAGCGUAAAUUUAAGGAUUUGAGAGUGAUAGAUUUGAGGAAUGAACUUUCAAAAAGAGGUCUAGAUACAACUGGCUUGAAGCCUGUGCUCGCAGAGCGUCUGAAAAAGGCCUUAGAAGCCGAGGCGGAGGAUCUGGACCUGGAUACCUUUGAGUUUGUAAUUAGUGAAGAAUUAACGACGAAUGAUUCCGAGAAAGUUGUGGAAUCACCAGUCUCUCUUGAACAGGAUGGCAAGCCUGAAGAAUCUGAAAUGUCUGAAGUUAAAGUGGAUGAGUCUGUGCUUGUCACAGAAGAUUCAUCUGCUCAAAAGGCAAAAGUAGAUGAGUCUGUGAUUGCCACAGAAGAUUCAUCUGCGAAACAAGAAGAAGUAGAUGACUGUGUGCUUGUCACUGAAGAUUCAGCUGCACAAGAGACAAAAGAAAAUGAAGUUGUUGAAAGUAAAGAUAUUGGAGAGGUGAAAAAUAGCACUCCAUCCGUCGGUGAGAAGAUUAAACUCAGUGGUGCAGCUCGCAAGCGAUACAAAUGGUUAGUGUCGCAGGGUCAUCCCCUUGGACACGAAACCAAAUGGCUUGCCGCACAUCCAACUCUCGAAAUCUUUGAAGCAAUGAAGAAUCGCUUCAAAGACACAUCAUCUGAGCAAUUGGGUUCCACUGAUGAAUCCAAGGAAAAACGAGAAACUGUCCAUGUGGGCGAUAAUUCGUCUGCCAAAAAGCUAGAUGAUAGCUUUAAAGAGGCAACUGGUAGUGUUCCCAUUGGGAUACUGUCAUCGAAUUACCCUAACCAAUCUCUCACUACUGAGCAAAUGCUAACUGUGCAGAAAUGUGUCAUGGACAGAAUUCUUGAACAAGCAAAUAAGGAACUUAAACCACAAUUCUCUGGUUGCAACUUCAAAAUGGGCUGGAUGUUGUUUGAUUGUUCCAAUAGAUCCACAGCUGAAUGGCUGAAGGGUAUAGUGGACGAUCUGCAGCCAUGGCAAGGUGCCAGUUUGAAGGCGGUGGAGGCAAGUGAUAUACCUCGUCUCCAUGUAAUCAAGGGAUAUUUUCCAAAUUCCGCAGAAAAAACCUCAGAGGCAAUUCUUGGCUAUGUCGCUGCCCAAAAUGAUGGUCUCGAAGCGCAGAAGUGGGGAGUGAUCCGGAGAGAGACUGAGGGAUCUGGUGUACUCAUAACUCUUUCUAUUGAUCACUCUGCAGCAGAACAAUUGAAGAAAUGCAGUUUCAAAAUUCAUUAUCAAUUUGGAACGGUCCAAUUGAAAUCUAAAGGAUCUCUCAGGGAGAAUUACGUAGAGUCCAGGAGGAAGAGAAAGGCUUCAACAGCACCAGAAGGCCAAGCUACAGCCAUUAAAGUGGCUCCACAGCCGCAGCCCUCGGCAGAAAAGCCUACUUUCUCCAGGAGACAACGUCUCAGGUGGAGGCAAAACCAAAAAAGAAAGAUUGCAACGACCACCGUUGUAGAGACCCCAGUUGUGGUCAGCGCAAAGCAAAGGGACAAGGCUACUUCCUUAGCAGUGCCUAGUUCAAGCCCACGAGCACCUGGCCCAAGAAUGGAGUCUAGCUCAAGGGCCAUGAAUUCGAUGUUUGCCGAAGCUCGAAGGCGUUCCAAGAGCAAUGGUGAAGGGUCACGAUCAUCGAGAAAACCCCCCAUACGUUCGAUGCCAAAUGAUCGAAGAGGUGCUCCGGUGGUAGAGGGAGUGUCAAGAAAACCUCAUAAUCAGUAUUCCAGAUCUAGGUCACGAUCUCCAAUUGCACCGAGCCCUCCGAGAUUUUUCAGUCAGGCAUCGUCACAGAGAGAGCACGUUAACAUGUCUGCCAUGUCCAAUAAUAUGAGGCCCUAUCCUCACGCAGAAGCCAAUGAUUAUAACAGAAACUACGGUAAUCAGUCAACUAGGUCUGAUAUAUGGGCAGAUAGAAGAAUGAUUGAUAAUUAUGCUGAACCACGAUCUGAUUAUCGGGCUUCUGGGGCUUCUGUAUCCAGAGAGGCUUCCCUAAGGGCUUUAGGGCCACAAGGGAUGAGGGGUCAUCAUGAAGAACAAUUUAAUAAUUUUAAUAGACGCAGGCAGGAAGAUUCUUCACGUGAAAAUACGAGAUAUCCAGAUACUUAUUACAAGAACAGGCCAUACUAGACAAAAUGUGUAGAGGAACAUUUUUUCUGAUCACUCUCGUGAAACUCACUAAAAAGAUUCCAUAAUAUUAAAUAAAGAUUUACUAUCCACAA